AGAUGCGCUUGGGGGGAUUGACUCAGGCCCCUGGCAACCCAGUCUUGGCUGUGCAGAUUAAUCAAGACAAGAAUUUUGCCUUUUUGGAGUUCCGCUCAGUGGAUGAAACGACCCAGGCCAUGGCCUUUGAUGGCAUCAUCUUCCAGGGCCAGUCAUUGAAGAUUCGAAGGCCUCAUGACUAUCAGCCACUGCCUGGCAUGUCAGAGAACCCCUCUGUUUAUGUGCCUGGCGUUGUGUCCACUGUAGUUCCAGACUCUGCCCACAAACUGUUCAUCGGGGGCUUGCCCAACUACCUGAAUGAUGACCAGGUGAAAGAAUUGCUGACAUCCUUUGGGCCUCUGAAGGCCUUCAACUUGGUCAAAGAUAGUGCCACAGGGCUCUCCAAGGGCUAUGCCUUCUGUGAGUACGUGGACAUCAACGUCACAGAUCAGGCCAUUGCGGGGCUGAAUGGAAUGCAGCUAGGGGACAAGAAGCUGCUUGUCCAGAGGGCGAGUGUGGGAGCCAAGAAUGCCACGCUGGUGAGCCUCCCGAGUACCAUCAAUCAGACACCUGUAACCCUUCAAGUGCCCGGCCUGAUGAGCUCUCAGGUGCAGAUGGGCGGUCACCCGACUGAGGUCCUAUGCCUCAUGAACAUGGUGCUGCCUGAAGAGUUGUUGGAUGAUGAGGAGUACGAGGAGAUUGUAGAGGAUGUGCGAGACGAGUGCAGCAAGUAUGGGCUGGUCAAGUCCAUUGAGAUUCCCCGGCCCGUGGAUGGUGUCGAGGUGCCUGGCUGUGGAAAGGUCAGGGUGCUCUCUUUGUUUUGUGUACCACCCUUAUCACCCUCUUCAUCCCUCAACAUCCAUCUAGCUCUGGCCAGGGGUGACACAGGAGAGUGAGUGCAAGGCCUUCUGGGAGCUUAGGGCCUAUAGGCGAGAAUUUGGUGUCUAUAUUAAUGUAACUUAGUUCAAAAUCUAUUUUUACUGUUCCUUGUGGGAUACUUUUUUUUCCCUUUUGGUUUUUCUUUUUUCUUUUUUAAAGAUUUUUAUUUAUUAUGUAUACAGUAUUUUCCCUACAUAUAUGCUGCAGACCAGAAGAGGGCACCAGAUCUCAUUACAGAUGGUUGUGAGCCACCAUGUGGUUGCUGGGAUUUGAACUCAGCACCUCUGGAAAGCAGUCAGUGCUCUUAACCUCUGAGCCAUCUCUCCAGCCCCCUUGUGGGAUACUUUUGCAAGUAGCUGAAGAGAAAGGGACCACCA